UACAAUGUGCUGAGGUAAUUAUAGAGUUUGUAAACUUUUCAUUGUAAAAAUUGCCAUUUCCAACGGUUUUUGACUUCAAAUACGCAAAGUAACCGCGAUCAAGCCUUAUUGGUUUAGUCAAUGUACGGGAAAGGCAGAGUUGAGUGUCUGUGGCGUCCGAGACAGCACAAAAAAUGGCGAUAAGAUUUGUGGAUGCAACCUAUUUGGCAUUGUCCCAGAUCAGCUUUCUUGUGACAGAUCUUUCCAAAAAGAAUUACAAAUCAAGCAUGGCAGAAAUACAGAAUUUAGUCGAACAGCAUGGUGCAGAGGCUGAACGACAUUACUUUCGUUCCUUGUUUUCAUCAAUUGAUUUCUCUGCUGAAGGAAAAGGGGCUGGAAAAGAUUUUCACCAGGUACAAUUGCUAAGUCAGGAAUGUCAGUCAUUGAUAUGCAAAACAAAUUUUGUUUCAAUUGUGUGUUAUGCAAUUGAGAACCAGGAACAACAUCAAAAGUCAUUGAAGCCAUCUAGCCAUCUUUUGCCACAAAUAAGCAAAGUUUUGAAGUUCAGUCGGGUUCAAGAGGUUGUGUUUGGACUGGGAUUGAUGAAAUCAUCAAACGAAGAGCUGAGAAACUUCGCUGGUACAUUUGUGAAACAAAAACUCCCAGAUCUACUGCGUUCAUACAUUGACUCUGAUGUUGGAGGUGGAUAUGAAGGUGGUCUGACUGAUGUUGCAAUAGAAGUUCUUCAUCUCCUAUUGACCUACCUGUUGUACACCCCUCAGAAAGAUGUUGGUAUUGGAGAGGACCAAAAACAAGCAUUUUUGAAUACACUGAGAAAAGAUUUUCCCAGUGAGCGGGUACCAGUCGUCCUGGCUCCAUUGCUUUAUCAGGGAGUGCAUGACAUGCCGUUGAGUAGGUUUAAUGUGGAGAGCUCUCCCGUCCCUAAAUUAAUGAUGGAAGAUGAUUUGAGUAAAUUGAUGCACGAGAUUGGUUAUUCGUGCUGUGCAAGCCUUCAAGAAUGCAAGGAGGUUUUGGGGCAGUUUAGCAAGGCUAAUAUCACGCCGAUGUGUGUUGCAAGAGUGCUAGGAAUGAUGGCCCGGACAGUCUCUGGUCUUGGCGAGUCCUCUCCACUACAGACAUCGGUCAACAUCGUCACUCCAGUUGAACUGGGUAAACCUGAAGAGCAAUCAACAGGACCAAACACUUGGAAUGUCGAGAUAUUUAUUCAAACUAUAAAGGAAGUGGUGCCAGAGCUAAGCUGGACUGAGGUUAUAUCAUGUUUGGAUCACCCGGGAUUCUUGAUCAGCACGGUGGAAGCACUGAGACUUAUUGUGACCGCUUGUAGCAAGGGUUUGCAGGACGUAUUUCCAAUCGAGAUACUCUACCGAGCUUGGACUAACACAGAAGGCCAGUUAUCUUGGAUACAACAAGCUCUGAUCAAUCCCGAUGUAUUCUGCUUUGCGGACUACCCAUGUCAUACUGUUGUGAUCGAUAUACUCAAAUCACCUCCGGAGGACAAUAAUCGUGAAAUAUUAACAUGGCAAUCCCUGAGUCUUGUGGAGACAUUGCUUCGCUUGGCUGAGUCUGGUCAUUACGAGACCGUGAAAGCCUUGUUUGAUUUUCCAAUAAAACAUUGUCCUGAUGUUCUCCUGCUGGCUUUGUUGCAGACCAACCCAACGUGGCAGACACUGAAGUACGACCUUGCAUCAAUAUUGAUUCCAUUGUUCCUCGCAAACCACCCGAAUUCCCUUUGUGUACUGCAUCAUGUUUGGCACGGUCAGGGUCAGUCGUCGCCAUCCAUUCGUCAUCUCGUCAUUCAAGCGAUGGCUGACUGGUAUGUCAGCGGUGAUUUAUCUCGAAUACUGGAUGUUGCUCAGGACCUAAAGGCUCUUUCCAUAUUAUUAAACGGUUCGUCGUUUGCAUUCGUCAUCGACCUGGCGGCGUUGGCAUCGCGACGUGAGUAUCUGAAACUGGACAAAUGGCUGAACGAUAAACUCCGUGAACAUCAAGAAGAAUUCGCAGUUGCCGUUGUCGACUUUCUCAAACGUCGCUGUCCCCACUUGGCAGGUGUUAUACCAGAAAAGGAGCUGCCAAAGAGUGCACAGUUGCCACCAGAGACCGUGAACACGAUGCUCUCCUGUCUACAGGCUUAUUCAGGUCAUGUGUCGCUUGAACUUGGUGAAGAGAUAAAGCAGAUGAUUUCACGUCAUGGACCAAUUCUCAAGUCCAGACAACCAUCGGUCAGCGUCGCGAUGCCCUCGUUGUCACGACAGACGAGCAGAGACCCUGGCCUGCCUGGAGCGAUGGAUUCACUGGCAGGCCUCAAUUUAUCAUCUGGCACCAUUCCCCCAACACCGACCACGCCCUCCCAACUUCCAACCUUCCCACCCCACCCGCUGUCAACUGGUGGAGGACUGGGCGCGCUCGGUCUAGGCUCGGCGAUUGGACAGCCACCCUCAAAACCGAUAUCCCAACUUGGUACAGGUCUAACGUCUUCCAGCUUGUCGAACACUGGAGGAAACCCUUUGCUUCAGCAGUUGCAAGUCGAAUUCUCCAACGACAAUUUCCAUUCACUUGGCGUGACAAGUGCUGCAGGAAAUUUCACCUCCACAAAACCGCUCGGAUCGUUGCCCACAUUCCCUGCUCAGCCUGCACAGCCCGCAGGACAGCAACAGCUUGCAGGCAAUCAGAGGUUACAAGCUGAAAAACUCCGUCAAACGACAACUGGCAGCGAUAUCACGGCGGUAUUGCCUGGGGUUAACCAAUCCUUUCCAAGCGAUGUCGAGGCAGAAGCGAACUCGUAUUUCCAGAAAAUAUACAACCAACCGCCUAAUCCGACAAUGACAAUCGAUGAAGUCCUUGAAAUGUUGAGAAAGUUCAAAGAUUCGGCAUCGAAAAAAGAGAAGGACGUGUUCUUGUGUAUGCUACGAAAUCUCUUUGAGGAGUACGGUCAUUUUCACAACUAUCCUAACAGAGAGUUGCAUACAACGGCUUGUCUCUUCGGUGGGAUUAUUGAUCAAGGACUUGUUACGUACAUGGCGUUGGGCAUUGCUCUGCGAUACGUACUCGACGCACUUCGUAAACCAUUUCAAAGCAAGAUGUAUUUAUUUGGAAUCACAGCUUUGGAUCGCUUUAGAUUAAGGUUGAAAGAUUACCAACAUUACUGUCGACAUCUGGCAUCAAUACCUCACUUCAACGAGUUUCCUCCGCAUCUUAUCGAGUUUAUUGAAUACGGGAAGCAAUCGAUCCAGCCUCCUCUUAGCAGCAGGAGUGUGCAGGAUACAUCGACAACGAACUAUUUCGGCAAGGUUACCUCGACUGUAUCGGACACUUUGCCAUCAGCAGUUGGAACAACCGUAACGACUACAGCACCGUCAACUGGGGCCGAUGCUGCAAAACAGUUUUCACUUUCGUCUGGAGUGCCCGCAAACGGUUCAACAACGCGAAAAGAGCCCUCAAUAGCAAACGCCAGCAAUAUCGAUACUCUUCUUGGAGCUACCGAGAAGUCAGAGCUGGCUCAGCCGUCGGAAUCGAUUCAGGAUAAAAUCCAUUUCAUCUUUAAUAAUAUCUCAACAAAUAAUCUCACACAAAAGGGCGAGGAAUUGAAAGAAGCUGUGAAGACCGAAUUCUUCCCAUGGCUGGCUCAAUAUUUAGUCAUGAAGAGAGUCAGUAUUGAGCCAAACUUCCACGAUCUUUACAUCAAGUUCAUGGAGACCCUGAAGUGGAAAGAACUCUUUCAAUUGGUGCUUCAGGAAACCUAUCGAAACAUAAAGGUUUUACUUCAAUCCGACAAAGUACCCGCAAACUUCUCAGACAGGUCUUUGUUGAAAAAUCUUGGCCAUUGGCUUGGUCUGAUGACUUUGGCUCAAAAUAAGCCCGUGUUGAUGAGAAAUCUGGAUGUAAAGUCGCUUAUUAUUGAAGCGUAUUUCAAAGGACAACAGGAAAUGUUGUAUGUUGUGCCAUUUGUUGCAAAAAUAAUGGAAGGUUGUGCCAAGAGCAGAAUAUUCAAGCCUCCAAAUCCCUGGGUCAUGGCAGUCAUGGGUGUUUUAGUCGAAUUACACCAAGUACCUGAUCUCAAGCUUAAUCUUAAGUUUGAAGUUGAAGUUCUAUGCCAUGCCUUGGGAAUUGACAUGAAGGAAGAAAUCACUCCGACAACGUUAUUGAAAGAUCCUGAGAAAUUGAACCAAAUCAUACAUCAGUUGUCGUCGCCGGACAAGGACAGGCCGACAGGACCGUCUGUUCUUUCCCAGGCUCCUCCAACAACUCCUCCUCCUCCCCAGUACUCUUACCAAGAAAUCAAUGUCACGUCUUUGGCCGGACUUGCCAGCCUCAUCAAGAUAAACCCACAGAUAGCGUUGUUCCAACAACAGCCUCAACUCCGUCAGUACGUACGACCAGCGAUUGAUCGCGCUGUGCAGGAACUCAUUCAUCCAGUUGUUGAGAGAUCCAUCAAAAUUUGCUUGACCACUGCAGAAAUGAUCGUCAAAAAGGACUUCGCUUUGGACCCGGAUGAGUCGCGAAUGAGGACAGCCGCGUAUAGUAUGGUGCGCUUUAUGACUGCUGGGAUGGCCUUGAUCACGUGUCGUGAACCGUUGAACCUUAGUAUUAAUAAUAAUUUGAGGUCAACUUUGAUGGCUGCUUUGAGGGGCGCCACUCCUCAGCAAAAAGAAGCAGUCGAAAGCGCCGCUCAGAUUGUCAGCGAGGAGAACACCGAGCUUGCUUGUACGUUUAUACAAAAGACAGCGGUGGAGAAAGCUUUGCCUGAAAUGGACAAACGUCUUGCUUCCGAAUUUGAAUUACGGCGUCAUGCUCGCAGCGAAGGAAGACGCUAUUGUGAUCCUGUCGUCCUAACCUACCAGGCUGAACGAAUGCCUGAACAAAUACGGUUGAAGGUCGGCGGUGUGACGCCGAACCAAACAGCAGUAUUUGAAGAGUUCGGGAAAACAAUUCCUGGUUUUACAACACCUACUCCUGGUGAGAAUCUGACGACACCGGCAGCGUUUGCCAACAACAGAUCUAUUUUUGAACAAAAUCUUCAUGCAACUGAGCCAACGAUAUUACCGGAAGAAGUGGCCCAAAUUCUUGGUAAAUGCACUGCCGACAUUGAACAGCAUCUACAUGCAAUGAAUUUAUCUCAGACGAGUCCUCAUGGCUUGGCAAUUGUUGGUUUACUCGACGUCCUGGUCACUGCAAGAGCAUCUAGGGAUAGUGUCGCUCUCACCCGAGUUGUCCAUAAGGCGGUAAAAGGCUUACUGGAAGGUUUAAAUCCAAUCCCCAGCGAUACUGAACUGGCUCUGAGAUACAGAGAUUGCCACAUGGUUGUUUUGCGAAGUCUGCAAGAUGUUCGCGCUUGUGGUCCUCAUUGGACUGGAAAACAUGUUACAAAAUUUGUAUGCGAAUGUCCACCGGAUGUAAAGUUUAACGUUGACAUCAUCGAUAUUCUCAUUCGAAAUCGCCUGAUCAAUAUGAGAGAAUUUGAUGUACAUUUAGCACAAUGUAUUGAAAACGACCUGAACGUGUCGGCCAUCCAUUUUGCGGUACAGUUGACGAAACUUUAUCUGAUUGACGAACACAGUAAUCACGUUUCCCAAGGCGACUUGUAUCAGACGUUGGAGGCUCUAUCACGAAUAGCAAAUUCGAGAAGUGGCAUUGGCGAUGCGCUUCCCUCGAUCCUCGAGGUUAUACGUAGCGGAGGUAUGAGCAGUGGCAUCGAUUUCCCUCCAAGAUUAAACGAUUUAGACAAAGGAUCAAGCGGUCAAGCUGGAUUAUCCUUAGGAUUAAGCGGAUUAAGAGUAUUCGAAGAUCCUCCUGGUCUUCAUGACAAGGUGGAAUACCUCCUUCAUGAAUGGGUUCGUCUGUAUCACCAACCAGCCGCGGGAAAAGAAAGCGAAAAAGCGUUCUCAACUUUCGUAGCAAUGCUUCACCAACAUGGCAUAUUGAAAACAGAUGAUCUUAUAACCCGAUUCUUUCGCAUCAGCACAGAACUUUGUGUGGAAAAUACUUAUCGUGCACUCAUUGAACACGCCUCCAACAGGAGCCAUGCCCGCGCGAAAUGUUUCAGUACUUUGGAUGCGUACUGUCGUUUGAUAGCUCUGCUUGUUCGACACUCCGGUGACGCCAGUAACAGUGUGACCAAGAUUAAUCUACUUACUAGGGUGCUUGGAACUGUCGUCCAGGUCCUACUUCAAGAUCACGAAAUGCGAAAGACAGAUUUUCAUCAACUCGCUUAUCAUAGGAUCUUUAUAAUCCUGUUGUUGGAAUUGAACCAACCAGAACAAGUUCUUGAAGCUAUCAACUAUCAGGUCUUGCAAACAUUUAGUACAAUAUUCCAUGCUCUUCGUCCGUCACGUGCGCCGGGAUUCGCGUAUGCUUGGCUUGAAUUGAUCUCGCAUCGAAUGUUUAUGUCCAAGUUGUUGUUGAACACACCGCAACAGAAGGGCUGGGUGUUGUUUCAGCAAUUGUUGAUAGAUUUGUUCAAAUUUCUCGCUCCGUUCUUGAGAAAUGCGGAGUUGAACAAACCCACGCAUCUUCUUUACAAGGGAACUCUCAGAGUGUUACUGGUCCUCCUUCACGAUUUCCCAGAAUUUCUGUGCGACUAUCAUUUCAGCUUCUGUGACGUCAUCCCACCUAAUUGCAUUCAAAUGAGAAACCUCAUACUUAGCGCAUUUCCUAGAAAUAUGAGAUUACCCGAUCCCUUCACGCCAAAUCUCAAGGUUGACCUGCUCACUGAUAUUGCUCACUCUCCACGGAUUUUAACGAAUUUUUCAACGGCAAUUCAACCCUCAACUUUUAAAAAGGAAUUAGAUUCUUAUCUGAAAACGAGAGCUCCAGUGACAUUCCUGACCGAACUGAGAUCACACCUACAAGUUGCCACAGAGCCUGGUACCCGAUACAAUGUUCCCUUAAUGAACGCUCUAGUUCUUUACGUUGGCACUCAGGCUAUUGCUUAUAUUCACAGUAAGAGUGGAACACCUUCCAUGUCGACUAUCACGCAUUCAUCUCACAUGGACAUCUUCCAAAACCUUGCUGUCGAUUUAGAUACUGAAGGUCGUUAUCUAUUUUUGAACGCAGUCGCCAACCAAUUGCGAUAUCCCAACAGCCACACUCACUAUUUUAGUUGUGUUUUACUUUAUCUUUUUGCUGAGGCGAAUACGGAAGCCAUCCAGGAACAAAUCACGAGGGUGCUGCUGGAAAGACUUAUUGUAAACAGACCUCAUCCUUGGGGAUUGCUGAUUACAUUCAUUGAGCUCAUCAAAAAUCAUCAAUACAAGUUCUGGACGCACGAUUUUGUCCACUGUGCACCAGAGAUAGAAAAAUUGUUUGAGUCAGUUGCACGAAGCUGUAUGCAACAGAAACAGCCACAAACACGGGAAGGCGGAGCUCCUGAAAGCGCUUAAAAUGAUUAUCUUUCAAGUUAUAAUCAGGGCGUUCAUAUUUUGUUUAAGGGUGAUAGCGUAUGUGGUUAAUUUUUGAAUUUAAUAAAGUUAAAAGUCUAAAUCUGUCA